UUUAAUUUGGUUUUGCUGACCAAAUAACUUUUUUCGUGUGAUUCAAUUUUUAUUUUUAUUGGUCUGGAUUUUAUAAAACAUGUAAAGCAAUAUUAUAAUGAAUUUCUUUUAUUUUGGGUUUUAUUGAUUUUUCUGCUUAUUAUAUAUUAUGUAUUUUAUCUAAAUUAUUAGUUGUCACAGCUCAAGUUAUAGAUUGUCACAAACCAGUUAUAAAACAUCGUGUAUUUCUGCUUAUUAUUAGUUGUCGCGGAUUGUUUCCCGUAGUUAUUUUUUUAUUUUAUUGUUGUGUUUUAUGUUAUACUGAUUGUGAUAUAAGUUAAUCGAUGUGGUUUUAGACAACUUACUGAUUGUGAUAUAAGUUAAUCGAUGUGGUUUUAGCUGUCUUGUUUCAGUUAGGCCUAGGUUUGGUCAGGUUGUAUUGAAGCUUGGGCUACAGCUGUUUUCCUUGAAUCUUUUGUUUUGUCACAGUUAGAAAUGUGAUUUGCUGCUCUCUUUGUUAACUUUUCGAGUGAAAGUCCGAUCGUUAUUAUCUCUGACUUGUUGACAAAGUAUUAGAUUUUUUAAGUAAGAGUGGAGGUGAUCUGAAUCGUAAGUGGUUAGGUGAAUGUGCAUAAACCUAUUAUUAUCGGAAAGAUGAAUCCACAAAAAAAUAGAGGCUGAUGAACAUUGGGAAAAGCAUUUUCUCGUAGUUGCAAUCUUAGUUUGUUCUUCUUAGAUAAUGCAAGUCGAGGUUGUCUUUUUUUUUGUUCAAAGGAGGCUGUAAAAGUUUCAAAGUUUUGUUUUCACGAUUCUUGUAGUAUCUUGAACAAAGUCAAAUAUGCAGAUAAUCUUCCAAGCAAACUAAUCAUGUGAUUUAAUCGAGAUGAUGAUGUAAAUAAUUGUUUCAGAUAUGUGUUCACUAAUAUAAAUGGAUCAACAAAAAGUCAAAUAUGCAGAUAAUCUUGAAAAAAAAAGCAAAGAACCUACCAUAGGUUCAGAAUAUGUUGGAAAUGUAGUCACUCACGAUGCAGAAAACAUAAAAACAAAGUCUGAAAUGCAAAAUAGCUAUGACACUAAACCAGCUCACACUCACUCCCCAUAUAGAUCACUUGGUCUUUGCGGGUCUUCUUAGCGCUUCAGCCUUCCUCUUCAACUAACUCCUCCUCUCCAAUGUCACUGUUCCAAUCAGGGUCCUAAAUUGGGAUGUACACGGGGAGUGCAUGGCUUGUAGCAUUCACAUUAGCUGUGCAGCCUCCAUUGUUCAGGCGAAUAGUGUUCAAAGCAGGUGGCUUUUUCUUGAUUGCUCUAGCACCAGACAUAUGGUCAUUCCCUCCCUGAGAAAGUUCAAGCAUCCACAACAAUUAACAACUUUAAAGUCUUGCUAACACUAAAUAUUAGUAUUGUUACUUACGUUUAAUUCAAAAUUAGGUAGAGGAGGGUGCUGGUUGUGAUCAAUAAGAACCAUAUCAACACCAAUCCGUUCACUCCCUUUCCCUUUUUUGUAAUUCCACCCUUCCCAAAAACAAAAUAGUCUUGUCUGAAGACUCUGUUUGCAGCGGCCGGCCUUCAAUUCUGGAUCUGAGAAGUUGCCAUGAUUGGAAGAUAACUUUUGAACAAGACCAAGAAGCUCUGCAAAACAGAAGAGAUAAACGAUACAUCUAACACUUUGAGGAGGUGUAUAUAUACAUGUGAGUGGAAUGAAGUCGAGAAGGUAGAGUGAUACUUCCAUCGAAAAAGAGUUAGUAGGAAUUGUGGGUGAUCUUGAUGACUUGACAUUAUUGCAACGCUUAAUGAUCAUCGCAAAGGUGAAGCGUGAGCGGAGUCGUGCGAGGGUAAGUCAUCUCCGGCGACUAGGGUUUGUAUCGUAUGGGAAGGUGGAAGACUGACUGGGUUUCAUCGCAGAGAAGAAACACAUUUAUACUCAAGAGCUUCAAGGGGUUACAUUUGAUAAUGACAAUGUUUAAUUGAGAGAAAGUGGGUUCGAAGUUAAUGUUGAGAUUAAAGGAGAUCUAAUACGUUUCAGGGCGGUAGUCGGAGGAAGAGUUGAGACAUAUGUGGUCGUUUUUGGGGAAAACAAGUAUUAAGAGCCCAAAUAAAAACAAAGAUAUGUUGUUGAACGGAAAAGAGAAGACACGUGUACUUUUUUUUGCCCAUAGGUUCCUGGUGACGUGGAAAACUAAGGUGAGAGCUCUGCUUUAUUAUUAUAGAUAUAGAUAGAUAGAUUAUUCUUUUGUUCAUUUUUAUAUUUUUGUCGACACACACGGACUCACUGUUGUAGUAUCCGUGGCAUUGCAUUGCUGCAAGAAACAUUGUCGUAAUAUUCUUGGAGAUUAAAAAAUUGCAGUGGGUGGGGUCACAAGUGCGGUUUUGGAAAGCGUUUGCACGUUUUUAAACCGGUUAUUUCAUUUUUGUUCCCCGGUUUUGUGAAACCAUCUAGAAACAAAUCAGAUAUAUUAUUAGAUGCUUCUCAAUGAUUCAUAGGUAACAUAAGAAAACCAGUUGGGUUAUGUGUUAUCUUCUCUGCUCAACCUAAGUUGGAGAAUCAGAUUCCAAAAGCUUAAUAUAUAAUUUUACCAUAGCUAACCAUAAACAUAUCAUUGUUGUUCUUUCGUUCCAUGUCGGAAAAGAGGCUAUGUUGUGCUGUGAUGCGGAUUAACAUGGAUUGCAAUGCUUGUUGUAGAAAAGUAAGAAGGAUUCUUAUCAAUAUGAAAGAAGUUGAGACACACGUGAUCGAGAAAAAGGAACGCAAGAUAAUUGUGUGCGGACAAUUUAGACCAUCGGAUAUUGCAGUAAAACUGCAGAAGAAAAUGAAACGGAGGGUUGAGAUUCUCGAAAUUGAACAUCUCUCUGGCGACCACGGCGGAGGAGAAGAAGAGCACUACCAUGAACCACAGUAUGAAUAUCCCGUACAACCUGAUCAGAAACCGAAGAAUGUCUUUGACCUACCUCCAAGCCCUCCUUCUCUUCCUAUCAUCGGUCACCUUCACCUUCUCUUCUCUACUUCACUCCACAAGUCUUUUCAAAAAGUCUCAUCCAAGUACGGACCUCUGCUCCAUCUCCGCAUCUUCAAUGUCCGCAUCCUUCUCGUCUCCUCUGCCUCAGUGGCCUACGAGAUCUUCAAAGACCACGACAUGAGCAUCUCCUCCCAUGGCCCUAUUGGCAUCGAUGAGUGCAUUGUGUUUGGUUCUUCUGGCUUCAUCAAAGCUCCCUGUGGAGAUUACUGGAAGUUCGUAAAGAAAAUUAUCACUACUAAAAUGCUUGGACCCCAGGCGCUGGAGCGGUCACGAGGCCUACGUGAAGUUGAGAUAGAGAGGUUCUACAGAGAUCUGCUUGAUAAGGCAGUGAAGAAAGAGAGCGUUGAGAUCGGUGAGGAAGCUUUGAGACUAGUUAACGUUAUCCUCGGAAAGAUGAGUUUGGGAAGGAGUUUCUCAGAGGAGGAGAGAGUAUCUGAGUUUAGUAUCGAGAUCGCUGCCUUGACACAGAAGAUAUUUUUGCAACAAGUCCUUCGUAAGCCGCUUGAGAAGCUACGGAUCUCACCACCAUUUAAAAAGGAGGUGAUGAGUGUUUCAUACAGGUUCGGGGAGCUACUGGAAAAGAUCAUUGUGAGAUACGAAGAGAAAAAGGACGAGCAUGAAGGUAGUGAAAUUAUGGACGCAUUGUUGGCAGCUUGUGGAGACGAGGAUGCUGAGUAUAAGAUCAACAGGAGCCAUAUCAAGGCGUUAUUAGCGGAGCUUUUCUUUGGAGCCGGUGACACCUCUUCAAAAUCAACACAAUGGGCAAUGGCUGAAAUCCUCAACAACCAUAAAAUCUUUGAGAGACUGCGAGAAGAAAUAGACUCCGUUGUAGGAAAAACAAGGUUGAUCCAAGAAACUGAUCUACCAAAACUCCCUUACUUGCAAGCAGUCAUCAAGGAAUCUCUGAGAUUACACCCACCGGGUGUUCUUUUGCCAAGAGAGUUUGAACAAGGGUGUAAGAUCGGAGGGCUCUACAUACCUAAGGGCACGUCACUUGUUAUUAAUGCUUAUGCGGUGAUGAGAGACAUUGAUUCUUGGACGGAUCCUGAUGAGUUUAGGCCAGAGAGGUUUCUAGGGGAAGAGGAUGCGAGAAGAGAGCAUGUACUGAACUUUCUUCCUUUUGGUGCUGGAAGGAGAGCAUGUCCUGGAUCAAACGUGGCUUAUAUUUUAGGAGGGAUCACUAUUGGAGUUAUGGUGCAAUGCUUUGACUGGAAAGUUGAAGGAGUUAAAGUUAACAUGGAAGAGGCUACUGGAAGAGCUUUCUUGGCUUUGGCUCAUCCCCUUAACUGCACUCCUCUUCCUCGAAUCUUGAAUAUUUUACCUUCAAAUUUGUAGAUUCUUGGUUUAUGAAUUCGAGUUUUUCCCUCUCUCUUUUUUAUAAAUGAAUAAUGGUUCGGAAGAUUGUUAUAUAUUUGUUAUCAGCAACGUAUCAUGUAUACGUGUUUUGAAUCCGAAUGACAUAUCAACACACUAGCACUAAGUACUAGAAUCGUAAUAUAACACGAUCGUAUUUCUUUACUAAUCAAAUUUGUAUUGUCUUAAUACAAGAGUUUCCGCAAGCAAAGUUGUCAUUAAAGAAUCUAUUUAAGUUUGAGUCCGUCAUUAAAAAACUUUAGUUUUGCUUUAGAAAUAAAUCAAGAAGAGAGCUAGAUAUUGUUAUAGGAUAAAUUGGUAAAUACUUUAGUUUAGCUUCUUAAUUUCUAGUUUAGUUGUUGGUUGUUUGGUUUUAAAAUACCCAUGUAAUCAUGUCCCUUCUACAGGAAUCAAUCAAACACAAACAAAUAUUUUAUUUUAAAUAACUAGGAAGUUUAAGGUGACGACAUGUGCAUCUUCCCACAACAAGAUUCAAACUAGAUUAAUUCUCUCUUUUAGAAAACAAAUCCUUCUCAACGGAAAUCAAAUUUGUAACUUGUUAAC